UGACGAAAAAAAAAACCUUUAAAUUUAAAAAAAAACCCAAAAAAAUCCUUAAACCUUGUAUUUGUAAACCCCAAUUAAACCCUCAAACCCCAAUCCUUUCUCAUUCUUCAAAAAUCUCAAACAAUGGGGGAGAUCAUCACACAAUUGGAAAUGGAAGUUACAAAUUUCUCAGCACAAAUGCAAGAUCAAGCAUUUCAAUUUUUAUGCUCAAAUGACAUCAAACCAAUGGAAACCCUGUUCUCGUUUCUAUUUUCCAAUCAACAAUCACAAAUAUCUGAAGCGCAUAAUCUACUCCUCUGCGCUAAACACCACCACCCAGGUCUUCUGUUCAUCAAGCUUCUCUUCAUCCUUAGAUACGCUCCUGAAAUAGACACCCGUUCAAAUUCUGCUUAUGUUCUAAGUUUCUUUAGAGUUCAAAACUUGUGGCCUAAGUUAACUCAUUCGGCUCAAGAAAACAUGAAAACCCAGGUUCUUGAUUUUAUUAAAACAGAGGAUUCGAUGCAUGUUUUAAGGGUUUCUUGCGGGUUUGUGGCAGAAUUACUAGGUGAAGCUUAUAAAUGUAACGGUGAAUGGCCCGAGUUUCUUGAAUUUUUAGAAGGGUUAUUAGCUUCGGGUAUUGAUAAGUUUCAGGAAAUUAGUUUAUUAGUGUUUGCUAAGUUGCCUGAUGAGGGUAGGAGGUUGAUCUGUGUCGCUUUAUUUUCGCGAGUUGAGGUUUUGUAUAAAGGGGUUUUGUCUUCGUUGAAUUCGAAAAAUGUUGAUGUGAAGAUCGCUGCUUUUGGGGCUGUGAUUAGUUUGGUUCAUUUGUUUUCUGUUUCUUUAAAUGUUGAUAGGUUAAACAUUUUGUUGUGUAAGAUGAUGACGGAAUUGUUUGAUUUGUUGAAACGUAGUGAACAGGAAUCUGCUCGACAGGGUUUGCAGGAAUUUGUCAGAUUGGCGAGGGAAGAGCCUCAGGUUUUGAAGUCUUGUGUGAAUUAUUUAGUUUCGGGUAUGCUUAAGAUAGCUGAGAGCGAAAAUCUUAAGGCUGAAACAAAAAUUUGUGCAUUUCAGUUUCUGACGAAUGUACUAAAAGUAAAAGAUUUGGCAUUAGAAUUGCUGAUUCUUCCUUCUGAAAGAUUGUUUCUUAUUGCAAUGGAAAUGCUACCUGGUACCCCUUAUGAUGAUUUGUGGUCUGAGAUGAGAAGUUUGGAGGAUGAUACUCCAAGGGAAAUUGGCACAUAUAGUUGGGGAAUCAAGUUCUUGAGCCAAAUGUCAAACGUUUCAAGUCCCCAAAACAUAGUGUGUAUUGCUUUUAAAAUUUUACCAACUUAUGUGAAUGCAUGUCAGUGGCAGAAACGUGAAGCAGGAAUUACUAUGCUUGCUGUGAUAUCUAACUCUAAGGAGUGCUCGUAUGAAAUUGCACUAAUGGGAGAUUACUUGAACCAAGCUGUGAACAUAAUCACGAAAUCAUUUAAAGAUACUUCUCCCGAAGUUCGCUUAGCAGCUUUUCAUUUUAUGCAAUUACCAACAGAUUUGGUUGGUGUGAUUCAAACUAUUCAUCAUUCAAGGAUUUGGCCUGCAUUUAUUGCUGCACUUGACCGGUCACAGGUUUCUAGAGUAGAGGAAGAAAUUGUCUCUGCAAUUCUCUGUUUUCUAAAGAGUAUCCCUCCAAAUUGCUUGGCUGGCUUCACCAAUCCAGAUGUUUUAACGAGAAGAUUACUUCGGUUGCUAGAGAGGGGUAGAAACAAAAGUGCACAAUGCAGAGCCAUUGCAAUGCGUACUUUUAAUACUCUGGCAGCACAGCUGGAUGGAGUAUGUCUCGAGUAUUGUGCCCGUUACCUUCCAGUCUUGUUACAAGCUUGCAGCGAUACGAAAUCGGAGCUUAAAAAGGAAGCUAUGUAUGGAAUUCGAAUUUGUGUAGAGUUUGGUGGUGCUGCUUUCAGACACCUUAUCAAAAAUGUUCUUAUCACACUAGGCAAUGUGAUUGCAUAUCCUAAUCAAUCAUGUGUGGAGGAUUUGAAGGCAUCUGACAUUGCUGUUAGUGCUGUUGGAAAAAUAUUUGAGUUUCAUCAAGACUUCAUAAAUGAAAUUGAGCUAGUUCCCAUCUGGUUAAACUACUUGCCUCUCAAAAAUGAUUUAACUGCUGCCAAAGAUGUCCAUGAUCAGCUCUGUUCAAUGGUUGAAAGAUCAGAAGGGCAGCUUUUCAAUUCCAAUUAUGAACUCCUCCGAAAAAUUCUCUCUAUUUUUAUUGAGGUUAUUAGUGAAGGAGACAAGUUAGCCACACUGCAAACCUUGGGCAGAAUGAGAAAUUGGCUAAAGCGAAUGUGGGUGACAUAUCCAGAUACUCUGUUGAAUCCAAUUAUAUUCUCAUUACCUGCCAAUCAUCAGCAAGUGCUAAUAAUGGAAAUUGGUUCUGCGAAUUAAAUAUCACAGAAGUAUGUUUACCCUUCCUUGACUUGGUAUAUUUUGCAUACACAGGAGAGCUAGACGAUUUUGUGAAUCUAAAUAGUAUAUAGAAGAGCUUUUGUUGCACAAAUUUUAAAGAAAAAAAGGUCAUACAUGUAGAGACUAGAAUGAAUCAAAUUUAGUUGUGCAGUUCUUAGAUUACAAGUAAUACUUAUAUUGUAGAGAAGAUAGAAAGGAAGAAAGAAUGGCAAGAAAAUGAAUGUUGUAGGAUGAUACCAAUGAUGCAAUCUUAAUGAUUUCAAUGCUUAUAUAGUAAGUUCUGUUAUGACUGAUUGUUCAGUUUUUGUACUUC